UACAACCUGGGAGACGCUGCUGUUUCGGGGUGAAGCUUAUAAAUGCAUUGAAACCCUUUGGAUCCAGCUGUUCCUCCCAGACGUGCCUCUGCAGACGAUGCUGUGCAGCUCAGACAGAGUGAUGUUGAGGCUGCUGGGACUCCUCGUCCUGAGCUCCCUGUGCUCGGCCAUGUUGCAUCCAAACAGCACCCAGCCCAGCAUGGAAAGAAGCUCGAACUCCGACAACAACACCAUUUACUGGACCGGAUCAGAACAUAACCCCCCCUGGCCACCCAACCCUCACAGCGGCCCCCUGCCCACAGGUCCACCGUGGCCAUCUGACGGCAACAUGACUGAAAUGCUUCGGAUGUUUUUGCCCGGCGGCUCCUCCAUGCCCCCGAUGCCCCCGAUGCCCCCGAAGCCCCCGAUGCCCCCAAAGCCCGAUCCACAAAUCUGCGACUUCCUGUUCAGCUUACCGGUACCGCCGCCUGCCGACCAGAUCCCGCCUUUCUGCAUCUGUUCGCACUGUAAAGGAACUGUGGGACCCAAAGGAGACCGAGGAGACCGAGGCCUUCCAGGUGACCCUGGGAGUCCUGGGAGAAGUGGAACGAUGGGCUUCAAAGGUCAUCGAGGAUUCACAGGCCCUCAAGGAAUGAAGGGUCAAAAAGGAGACAUUGGGGAGAAAGGACAUGCUGGCACAACUGGUUUCACCGGGAUGAAGGGAGACCGAGGAUUCAAAGGAGAAAAAGGUGACCAAGGAGCUAUGGGGGCCCCUGGUGCAGAGGGCCCCCAGGGAGAAACCGGCACAUGCCCAACCACUUGUGACAGUGUCCCGGGUGAACCAGGUGAACAAGGCAUGACUGGACCAGCUGGAGCCCGGGGCCUGCCUGGGAUGAAGGGAUCUGAGGGACCCAAGGGUAUGAAGGGUGAUAAGGGGGACUUAGGCAGACCUGGGGAACCUGGUAUGAACGGCCAGAAGGGGGAGGAAGGUGAGCAGGGAAUGUGUGAGUGCACUGACGGGGCAGACGGUGUUGAUGGAAUGCCAGGAGAAAAGGGCGACAAUGGGGCCAAAGGUGACACUGGUGCAAAGGGUGAACAGGGCAACAUGGGGCCAAAAGGCAACCAGGGUGAUAUGGGUAUCAUGGGGCCACGUGGUCCCUGCUCUCCGGCCAUCCAGUCAGCGUUCUCAGCAUCUAUCAACCAGUCAUUUCCUAUUCAUGACUGGCCCAUUUCUUUCCCACGUGUCCUCACCAACAAGCAGGGACACUUUAACCCAUUAAUGGGUAUCUACACGGCCCCUGUCAACGGCACCUACAUCUUCUGCUUCCACCUUGCAGUUGCCAAGAAGCCACUUAAAGUUGGCUUGUUCCACAACUUCUACCCGAAAGUCAAAGUGACAGAAGGAACCUACCCAACCACCACUAGCCACAAGAUUGUCCUCCACCUUGCGUUGGGAGACGAAGUAUGGAUGCAGGUCAAGAACAGCGACACCAACGGCAUGUACACCGACACAGAAAACACCAGCACGUUCUCUGGGUUUCUGUUGUACCCUGACUCCUGCGAAUUUCCCAGGAGUCGAUCUCCCAUCGUGCCACACCCAACUCGUGGAACCUACAGCUGGGGGAAUUCUGAAGGCAUCACCACCCCUUCGCAAAAUUAGGUUGUAGUCUGUCACACAGUUAUAGACAAAGCAUCCACAACAAAUGCCCGAUCAAUCUCUGUGUAUUUAUAACUGCAAGAUUUAAAGGAGGGGUAUUCUAGAGAUGCAGCAUUGUCCACUUUUGAAAUUGAGAUUCUGUCAGAGAAGUCACUGUGGUGAUGUGCAUGUUGUGUGGCUGGUACUCUUCACUGUCGUUUCUAUACCACUGAGUUGAAUUUCGUAUACAGACUCUAUUUAAAGAUGGACAAACCCUCUGCGAUGCCACCCACAGGUUUUCCUUAGAGCAGUUUUGAAGCCCACAGUGAUGGUUUCACCCGGUGACAUCUUGGCAGAACCUGAUGCCUUCCAACCCCUAAGGUUUGUAAAAAAUGAACAAAAGGGUGAAGCAUGAUUGGAGCUGAUGUGGACCAUGGACUAUUAUAUGAUGGUGCCACCAUGUCACUUUAAGUGGUCACGCCCUAGUUAUGUAUGACAUGAAGCCUUCAGAAAAUUUAAACAGGAGAGACAUAUUAAAAAUUAUUCUCGGCACAGUUGCAUGAUUGUGGAAAUUAGCUCUGAAAACCAAAAUUGCUUUAAGUUCCAGGUUGUAAACAUGCUUGUUUGGACAUUUCAACAAGGAGUUGUAUGGGAACGAACUUGCUUUUGGAGCCUGUCUCAAGUGGACAUUUAAGGAACUGCAGUUUUUGGCACAUUGCACAUUGGCUGUAUUUUUCAGAUGUGGAAGUUGUUGUUUGGUUUCUUCAUGUAGUUCUAACAAUGGCAAGAAGCGUAUUGUGUAGGAGUUGAAAGUAAUAAAUGUCGCUUUUACCAAACUUACUGCAAAGCAGAAAAGGACCAAAAUGUUAGAAUGGAUUGAGUCUAUACACAGAGUGGUAGAGCUUUGAAAACGAGAACAUAACGCAAAAAUAUGAAUCAAGUUUUCAUCUUUGUAGGAAAAUUAUUUUUUUAUGUUUAAAUUGAAAAAUGUAACUUAUAUUUGAAAAAAGGAAAAAAUGUUAUUACUACAUUACCAUUUUACCCAAAUCUUCUAAGAAAACAAUGGGUUUUCGAACUAAAUUAUUGACAAAACUUGAUGCUGUAUUUUUGCGUUGUGUGUGUUAAUAAACAACCUGCUGUUAGAAUUCUUCAAACCAAACAGCUGCUUGCAGAAAUGUGAAGAAAUGAACAAAAAAAUGACGGAGAUAUUGACCCUGAAAAUAGCACCUCUUUAAAUGUGGAGAUAAAUUCACUUGUGAUUAAACGCUGCAUCUAUACUUUCCAGGAUGGAAAGUUUGACCAGGCUACGUUUGAUAAUGUUUUCACUUUAAUAAACUGCUAGAUCGCUAAACUGGCCAACGACUUUGUCAGGCAUCUGCAGAAAUUCAAAGCGGCUCUAAUGUUAAAUAUUUUUAAAAUGAGGACGUAUUUUUUUAAUCCUAGAUAUCAGCUUGCUGAAGUUUUGCUUUAGAACUUUUAUCAUUUCACCUUUUCACAUGCUGAUGAUGCCUAAAGAGAAAAAAAAUUCUAUCGAAAUAUCAACCACGGCAAAUGCUUCGAUGGGAAGAGCUUCUACAUUUCAUUUCUGGCAAAAGCAAUGUUAUCUGAAAAUUGACAAAUAGAUUAAAACAUUUACAGCCUA